AUUGGAGUCGCUUGCUCAGGAGACUCAGAGCUGCUGCAAAUCAGAGGGAACAAAUCAGAGCUGGUAAACAGGGAAAAUGAAGGGUUUUUUCUAUGUCUGUGCUCUGUUUCUCUUUUUCAUCAUGAACCAUUUCAGUGGUGCCAGAUACAUUCCUGACGGAGUUCCGUAUGAGGAGCCCCCUGCUGUGCCCUACUGGCCCUACUCCACAACUGACUUCUGGAGGUACGUGGAGUACUUCCGCAGCAUUGGUGCCUACAACCACAUCAACGAGAUGGCCCGCGCCUUCUAUGCCCAUCAGCACCUUGGAGAGACCUUGGGCUAUGAAGUCCCCGAGCGUACAGAGUAAACCUUAGACUUGGCCAAACAUUAUCAUACCACGAGGUUCAAGAGACGCAACUGGUGAUCUGCAUUGUAUUUUUAAAUUUAAAACAUCAUUACUUUCUUAAUGGCAUAUUCCUAAUUAUUACUAAUUGCGAUAUAGUAUGUAGUUAAAAGAAAUCUCUGUGUAUAUUCAAUGAAAAUGGCAUGUGCAACUCUGUAUUGUUAAACACAUGGAAGAUCAUAUAAUGUAUAGUAUACUGUAAUGUGUAAUAAAAUCAA